AUCCAUUUGCCACGUUAUCUUGUUGAUAUUUAUUCUUUAUUUUUGAAGAGGAAAAAAAAAAUAAAGUUGAAGCUUAUCUCGGAAUUUUCAAGCUUCCAUUCCUUCUUCGAAACUCGUAAACUGAUCAACUCUCGAGGUCAAUUAAAUUGGUGUUUACCUUGGCAGCAACGCAUAACACCAGAAUCACAAGCAGUCUGUCUCACUAGCAUUCGAUUGCUAGCAACAAACACACGCGCCGCCGCCAUUCAACAAAGCCUCAAAUUCCCACCAACACUUAUCCAACAUGGUUCAGAUCAGCGAGGGGACAUUUAACAUCGGGAACCAGAGCCUGUACACGAAGACGUGGCUGCCCGAUGGUGCUCCCAAGGCGAAGCUUGUCCUGAUACAUGGCUUCUCGGACCACGUCAACUUGUACAAUGACUUUGGCAACGCCAUGGCCAAGGGCGGCAUCGCCGUGCACGGCUUCGACCAGCGCGGCUGGGGCAGGUCCGUCAAGACCCCGUCCGACCGCGGCAAGACGGGCCCGACGUCCAUGGUCAUCGCCGACAUAGCCGCCUUCAUCGAGCCCCUCCUCGACGACGGCAGCAACCUGCCCGUCUUCGUCAUGGGCCACUCGAUGGGCGGCGGCGAGGUGCUGACCCUCGCCGGCGACCGGGCUUAUGAGGACAAGGUGGUCAGCCGAGUGCAGGGUUGGAUCCUCGAGGCGCCCUUCAUCGGGUGGCCGGCCGGUCAGGCGCCGAGCUGGCUCAAGGUGAACGUGGGUCGGUUCGCCGGCAAGUUCAUGCCGCACCGCCACCUCGAGCACGUCAUCCCGCCCAAGGAUCUGACGCGCAACCCCGAGGUCGUCAAGAUACUCGAGGCCGACAAGCUUUGCCAUAACGUCGGCACCCUCGAGGGUCUGGCUUCGCUGUUGGACCGGACCAUGGACCUCUCGUCGGGCAAGACGAAGCUGCUGCCGUCGGUCAAGGCCAUGUGGCUCGGCCACGGCACCGACGACAAGGCGUGCGAUUACCACGCGUCCAAGAAGUUCUUUGACGAGCAGACGGGGCUGCAGGACAAGGAGUUUAGGUCAUACGACGGUUGGUAUCACCAGCUGCACGCCGAGCCGGAAAGGGAGCAAUUUUUCCAACAUGUCAUUGAGUGGGUUUCCAAGAGGAUUCCCGGUCAGGAAGCAGCCAAGCCGGAAGUUGAGGUUGCGGCUGGAUCCAAGCUAUAGGCUCUCCCGUGUUGAUUUAUCUAGUUCAUUUUAGUUAGCCAUAUGUCUGCAAAGCUCUUUCAUCACCUACCUACCUUGAACUCGGCCACACCUCAUGAUAGUGAUGGAUGGACAUUCCACCACAAAGGACGAUAUGGUUGGUCCUUCUCCUCGUCGUGGAGCUUACUCCUGAGAUUGGGCCUUCCCAAGAAGCCUUAAUGAUACGAAGAAUAACCAGCUGAUGGUGUUGUACGGCAAACAGGCGGGCAAUGCCAGUAGAUCAGGAGCUGAACCCCAUGCCGGUGCUAAGUUUCGGUUUUUAAGAGGGUCAUCAAGGUUGUCGUACGGAUCAAUAGACUACUAUGUAUACCUAUGCUGUUGUUAUGACGAGGUUUUCCGGGCCCCAAAUUCCACGUAGGGUAGCUAAGGAAAGCGCAUGGCGUCGGCAGGAGUUUCGACUGCUAUUAGUUGCAGAGCAGUAUGAAAUGAGCCUAAGGGGAGAAAGGGAGGAAUUUUCUUUGAAGGCUGUUUAUGCUAUACAGAUUGCGUCUAGGAAGUAGCGUCAUCAGAACGAAUUGAAGAAAGAAUUGCG